UCAGUUCCACCCUUGCUUGGUUCGGCCCCUUCCGAACCUUUUUCUCAGCUCCCAAGCUCUCGCCAGCUUCUCCUUCCGGCCCCGCGCGCUCCUCAACCCAAGCAGCCGCUCAGUUCCGGUUUCCCCUCGUCUGUACAUACAUACUCUUCCACCAUGUCUAAGACCCGUCGAAACGUCAGAUUUCCACACAGGAUGUCGAAUGCCUCGGAAGGUCGUCGGUCGAGUAUCUCGGAGGCCAGCGACAUCCUGUCUGACCCGGGAAGUCCGUCCAAAGACGGCACCGUUGCGAAGCCGGCCACAAUUCCGGAAGAGAAAUCCGAAAAGUCCCAGUUAUCCGACUAUGAAAAGAAGAAGCAGACCUUCAUCACACGCACGAUAUGGACCUUUGUCAUGAUCUUCGGUUUCUUCGUCGUCCUAUUCUCCGGCCACAUUUACAUUCUCGGUAUCGUCACCGCCGUUCAGAUCGUUUCGUUCAAGGAAGUUAUUGCGAUCGCCAACGUGCCCAGUAAAGAGAAGAACCUUCGCUUCACAAAGUCGCUGAACUGGUAUUUUCUGGCGACUACGAUGUACUUCUUGUAUGGAGAGAGCGUUAUCUACUAUUUUAAGCAUAUCCUAUUGGUCGACAAGGUCCUGCUCCCUUUGGCGAAUCACCACCGAUUCAUCAGCUUCAUGCUCUAUGUCAUGGGAUUCGUUUUCUUCGUCGCAUCCCUGAAAAAGGGACACUAUCGGUUCCAGUUCACUCAGUUCGCAUGGACACAUAUGGCCUUGUACCUCAUUGUUGUUCAAGCCCACUUCGUCAUGAACAACGUUCUGGAGGGAAUGAUCUGGUUCUUCCUUCCUGCCUCUUUGGUCAUUGUUAACGACAUCUUCGCUUAUGUCUGCGGUAUCACGUUUGGUCGGACCCAGCUAAUCCAGCUGUCGCCCAAGAAGACUGUUGAAGGUUUUAUCGGCGCAUGGAUCUGCACCAUCAUCUUCGGUUUCUUCAUCACCAACAUCCUCAUGCGCUACAAGUAUUUCAUUUGCCCUGUCAAUGAUCUCGGGUCGAACGUGUUGACCGGCCUCGAGUGCACCCCCAACCCGGUCUUUGUCCCUGAGCCGUAUUCAUUCCCGGAGUGGACCGGUGUCGACAAGACUUUCUACAUCGAGCCCAUGCAGUUCCACCUCAUGGUCUUUGCGACCUUUGCUUCUCUCAUUGCCCCCUUCGGCGGUUUCUUCGCCUCUGGGCUGAAGCGGACGUUCAAGAUCAAGGACUUUGGUGAAUCGAUUCCCGGCCACGGCGGCAUCACCGAUCGGAUGGAUUGCCAGUUCAUCAUGGGAUUCUUCUCCUACAUGUAUUACCACAGCUUCAUUGCCGUUUACAAGGCCAGUGUUGGGGACAUCAUCGAGGCCGCCAUCACCGGCCUCACUGUCGAGGAGCAGCUCGAGGUUGUCCGUGGCCUUGGCAAGUAUUUGUACAACCAAGGAACUGUUUCUGAAACGAUCUUGGAGUGCCUGAACACCGAGCUCAAGCGCCGCUAGAGCGGCACAAAAUUCUAUGAUGACCUAUUCUUGUUCCGAGACCUUUCUCCGUGAUGAAGUCCUCUUUUUCUUCUUUCCUUCCGACGUAUCGGAGGGUUACCCUCCUACAACUCACGAUCAAAAUAUGCUUUUUAUAAUCUACCCUUUUUUCUCAUCCUCCCG